AUGGACGUCGCCGUACUCAGGUAUCUCGAGCCGUCCAAAUCGAACCACGAAGAGGACCAGCUGUUCGAGAACCGCAUAUGGAUUCCAGAUGAAGAACUCGGAUACAGACUAGCAUCUGUACUCGACGAAGGUCUUUCAGAUAUAUUGGUCGGAUUUCGUGAUGAGCAAGGAUUUUUUGAAAAGAAACGUAUCGCCAGAGAUGAAUGUGAAGCUCCAACGCUGAAUUCACAAGCGUCCGACCUCUGUCAGCUCACCGAACCGAAUGCUGCAACGGUGCUGGACGCGCUGAAAAGACGUUAUCUUCAGAAUGUGAUUCAUACAAACUGUGGUCUAUUUUGCGUUGUACUGAAUCCAUGGCGUGCGUUACCAAUAUACACUACGGAUCUGAUGUCCACAUAUCGAACAGGGGUCGGCGAUAUGUAUCCUCAUAUCUACACGGUGGCACAAAGUGCAUAUGAUGGAAUUCUAAGAGGUGGUCGUGAUCAAUCAAUACUUAUCACUGGAGAAUCUGGUGCUGGGAAAACAGAAAACACGAAAAGAAUCAUUGAAUAUAUCCUGGAAUGCUGCGGUAGUGCUCCAAGUGAUUCGAGGCAUCAUCAUCAUUUAAACAACAACAACACUACGAACGGAUAUACCGAUUACGGUAGCUCAAUCGGUAGCGAUGUGGUGUCAUCUGGAGUGCUUUUGGAAGCAUUCGGAAAUGCGAGGACAACACACAACAAUAAUAGUUCACGAUUUGGAAAAUUUAUUCGAAUUGAAUUCAAUGAACAUGGAAAAUUGCAAUCUGCACAAAUAGAAUGCUAUCUUUUGGAAAAAUCACGUGUGGUCAAUCAGAAUCAAGGAAAUCGAAAUUUUCAUGUGUUCUACCAAUUACUAUCAAACGCGUUUUCGGAUGAGACACGACAGCAAUUAUUGCUAACAAAAUCUGCCAAUCAAUACAAAUUCCUGAAUCAAGGUAAUGUGUCGAUCGAUAGGGAUAUUGACGAUGCAGCUGACGGAGUUCUCACUAAUCGGGCAAUGGAUAGGCUUGGGAUAACGAGCAGCGAAAAAAUGGAUGUGUACCGGAUGCUGGCUGCAUGCUUGCUAAUUGGAGAGAUCAAAUUUGGUGAACGUAGUGGUCUCGAUAUGAGUUACGUGGAUGGAAACGCAGAAAUUGAUGCCGUCACGAAGCUGUUAUCCGUAAAAUCAUCACGUCUUGUCGAGGCACUUACGCAACCGAGUAUAAAAAUCGGUGACAAGGUGAUACGAAAGAAUCAAAACAUGCAAAAGUCGGUGUUUUCCGCUGCAGCACUUGCAAAAGUGCUCUAUGAACGUAUAUUCCGAUGGCUUCUGGAGAAGUGUAACGAGGCGAUCAGCGAAAGCACAAAUAUGCUAACCGGAUCUGUUCUUAGUCGAUUCAUUGGUGUGCUCGACAUUGCUGGCUUUGAAAUUGUACAAAAGAAUUCCUUUGAACAGCUAUGCAUUAACUAUACAAAUGAAAAACUUCAAGCUUUUUUCAAUCACUUUAUGUUUGUCCGAGAACAAAGUGAAUAUCUUGAUGAAGGAAUUCUAUGGAUCCAGAAUGAUUUCGCGCACGAUCUCCAGCCAACAAUAGAUAUUAUCGAAAAGCCUCUCGGAUUGUUAUCGCUACUGGAAGAGGAAUGUGUGGUACCAAAUGGAUCCGAUCAGUCGCUUUUACAAAAACUCUGCACAAAUCUCGAAAAAUAUCCGGGAUUUAAGAAAGCCAAACAAUCACAAAGAUGUCUAGCAGUGAGACAUUUCACCAUCAAACACUAUGCUGGAUGUGUGGAUUACAAUAUUGAUUCAUGGGUGGAGAAGAAUCGGGAUGUUGUCGAAAACGCUGUGUUAGAAGUAAUGGGCGAAUCGACGAAUACGCUCGUAAAAACACUUUUUCCACCAGUAUGCACUGAUCUUACACGUUCACGUCGUGGAACGCUGUGUCAGUCAACGGUGUCGUUCCUUUAUAAGAAUCAGCUAACGAGUUUGCUAGAAACAUUGUCCUCCUCUUCGGCACAUUUUAUUCGUUGCGUAGUUCCGAACUACGAACGAAUUCCGAAUAAAAUUGACGGUCCACUUGUCCUUAAUCAAUUACGGUGCAAUGGGGUGUUUGAAGGAAUACGUAUAUGUCGUGAAGGUUAUCCGUCACGGCUUCCAUUCGCCGAAUUCGUCACCAGAUAUCACAUCCUGAACAAAAAUGCGCCACUAAACGGUCGUGGUGCUGAGGAGAUCUGUAAAACGGCAGGAAUUGACUCAACCCGAUAUCAGAUAGGAAACACUAAGAUUUUCUGUAAAAUUGGAGUGAUUUCUGACAUGGAAGCGAAGAGACGCGAUCAUAUUAAUGGAAUUAUUGUCAAUCUUCAAGCUAGGAUUCGUUGGGUUCACAUGCAACGAGACUGCCGCAUGCGAGAGAAAAGAUUGAAAGCCCUAAGCACCAUACAAAACAACGUGCGGAUUUUCGCUGAUAUAGCCGAAUGGCCAUGGUAUCGUCUACUGUGGCUUGUACGUCCUCUAAUACCCAAGGAAAGAGAUAAAGAACGCAUCCAAGAGUUGGAACAACUUAAUGAAGAACUUCAAAGUGAAAACGAUCAACUUCGUCAUGAAAACAUGAAGCUGUCCACGAACUGUGAUCUCCUUCAAGAAAAAGUGGAAGAGGCGGAGCAAAGUGCUGAAGAAGCUCGAAGACUUAUUGAAAAGGAAGUUGCUGAGAAGAACAAAGAAAUUGAAAAAGUACGCAUAGAAAUGCAACAGAACGAGGAUGUUUUUGAACUACUGGAAAAGAAAUACAACGAUCAGCACAACAAAGUUAUGAAAAUGAAUGAGUCUUUGCGUGAAUACGAAAGAAAACUGGACCAGAUGGAUAUGGAGAAAGAAGAACUGCACAAGGAGAUCAAAAAGUUGCGUGAAUUGUUCGAGAGAGAAAAAACGCUCAGGGAAGCGAAAGAAAUAGAAUGUGAAGAGAAUGCGGCACUUGUAGCAGAACUUGAAGGGAGAAUCGCCAGAUUAACAGAAGAUGCUGAUUCGUGGAAGACUAAACUUGAAAACGCAAUAUUAGAAGCAGAAACAGAGAAGUCACGAGCGAAAAAGCAGAUCGAUACCGUUGCUGAACUACAAAGAACGAUAUCGGAGUUGAACGAUCGUAUAGCUAAACAUGACUCGAUUUUGUUGGAGGAGAAGAAUUUGAGGCGUAAAUUAGAAAGAGAACAGGAACGAGCUGUGGACGAUCAUGCACAUGCGCAAGGAGCAUUAGCAAAACUGCAGCAAAAAUACGAUGUUUUGAAGGAAGAAUGUCGUCGCAAGGACCAUCAAAUCAGUAAACUCGAAAAGAAACUCGUAGACAAGGAGGUGGUGAUGGCCGAGUGCAUGCGUGAACUGAAAGAACAACACAAGACUAGAGUGACAGAGCUUGAAGAAAAAUUGGCAGAAAUUAAGAAGAAAAACUUGAAGUUGGAAUCUGAAAACAACAUGCAAAAGUUGAAACUGGAGACGAACUUCGAGCGUGAAUCAUCUGUGGAUUCUGACUACGGCAGUCACAAGAGGUCACAUUAUUAUCCAACGUCAUAUGAUGGAUGGAGAGGACGUAGCAGUUCCGGCCGUUUGUCCAAUACUGGUCGUCAGUACUCACUCACAUCACUGUCCUCAUUUACCUCCGUAAGAACAUUGAACAGACGAAUGACGGAUUCAGAAAUGAGCAGCUCGUUGUAUUCACAAAGACGCAGCGGUAGAUUGGAUUCACAGUACGAUUUGUCAAAUUGCGGUAUACAACGUGCACCUUCUACAAGCAAUUUGAUGGAGAAAGAACGGAAAAUUGCAGAUCUGGAACGGCAACUUGCACAGGCGCAUACUGAACAACAGCUUAUGAAGAGGAACCUGGAAGCGUACAAGACUAAUCUCGGAUCAGUUGAACAAGAGAAGGAAUCGCUCAUUAGACAACAUCAUAACGCUGUAGCAACUUCGGAAGAACUACGUAGACAAUUGGAAGCCGCCGAAUCAGCAGCUGAUGGGUUGGCUGAACGACUCAAACGAGCACAAGCCGAUGCAGAAAUUUGGAAACGAAAACAUGAGGAAGCGGUGCAAGAGGCAAAGAGUGACAUUCUGAACGAAAGGAAACGUACAGCCGAAAAGCUUGCUGCUGUUCAAGCGAGUAGCGCCAAACUCGCAGAGAAGCGUGGAGUUAGCGAAACCGAGCGUGAGCAGUUGCGAUCAGAUUUGGCACGAACUCAAGUUCAACUGGAUCGAGCGCUGAACACUAUUCGAGAACUCGAGGGAAGUGUGCAAUCACAGGAAGCACUAGGCGGUACACUAGAAGCUCAAUAUCGUAGUGCUUUGAUGGAAUUGGAAAAUGCAAGGGAUGAGAAUUGUGCGCUUAAGGCAAAGAUACGCAGGCAGUACAAACAGAUAGAGUUACUGACACAACAAGAUGAGACGAACAGCGCGAUGAACACGUUCAGUAACAAACUUGAGAAAAUGGAUAUGAAGGAAGGGUAG